GCAGUUUCUAUGCUUUUAUAGUGAAGGCAGACUUGUUGAACCGGAAGCUAUCUCGACUUUAAGAAGUAAACAAUUUUGAACUGAAAUAACGUCCAGACACUAUUUUAUAGCUGUAUUUAGGCAAGAAUGAAGCCACACUGUUACCUAAAAUGUGUCUUUAAAUGUAACCUCCUUGUAGUUUGAUGGCUGUAAUCUUUUACACGACGGCGACUCCUUGUGGCAGCUCAGUCAAUGAGGCAGUCGUCCGUUGGCAGGAGGCUGUCUGUUGUUAGCUAUUGUCUGCAGCCAGAUAAUCGCCCACAGUCGCUGGUAGCGGGCCUGCUUUGUCUUGGCAGAAAACAUCAAGGUUGCAGACAUGCCAAGUCUAAAGCUGAUAUCUGCAACCGACACGCAGUAUUCAGCAACUGUGCUGAAGUCGAUGAACGAGCAGCGAAAUCAUGGAUUAUUUUGUGACGUCACCAUUAUCAUACAGGACAAGAAAUUCAGAGCUCACAAAACCAUCUUGUCUGCGUCGAGUACAUAUUUCCACCAGCUCUUCAGCGUAGCCGGACAAGUGAUCGAGUUAAACUUCAUCAGAGCAGAAAUCUUUGAAGAGAUUCUUAAUUACAUUUACAGCUCCAAGAUUGUGCGUGUUCGAUCCGACAUGCUGGAGGAGCUCAUAAACGCUGGACAGAUACUGGGGGUGAAGUUUAUUGCAAACUUGGGGUCACCGUUAUCACAAGUUAAGGGUUUGCCCGGUUUAUCUAAGGAGACAGAAAACAAAAGCGACACAUCCACAGAGAUGAUGCCGAUCAUCACAGAGUCCUUCUCAAUAUCUGCAGAGGAGUUCAACCAGACAAGCAGACCUGUAGGUAAUGACGACGACUCGGAUAGCGAUGUUAUGUUUGUCUCACAAACAGAUGUUCAAGCCAGAACAGCCAAUCAGAAAGAUGACUCUGUUGAGGUCAUCGAUUUGGAGGGCACUGAUUCGGAAAAUGUAGCAGCGAAGAAAAGUGAAGAAUCAAAUAAUACGGUAGCAAAAAAUAAAGUCAAAGCCACCACUCCGGUGAAAACACAAGCUGCAAAGCCUCCCAGCAUCGGCUGUCUGAACACUAGUAUGCCAGACAGCAGCCCUCUACGCAGCCCAGACAGCUGCUCCAAUAACUCGUCUUCCCCCGCCAGAGUUUCCUCAGGAAGUGCUCCCACAACACCAGCCAGGUCACGCAGCUUCACCCCCGAACCCUCGAGUGCCUCUCAGUCGUCUGAAAACAGUGAUAUUAUGGGAGUCCACAAAAAGCAAGUUUCUACUUCAACUCAGCAAGGGGAUUUUAAAAUAAGGCUGUUAGAUGUGUCGAGCACAGAAACUCAAACUAACAUUUCCAGAUCAAAAAAGACAGUAACGCUCAACACAGCUACAGAAAUUGAUUCCAUUUCAUCAGGAUGUAAAGUUUAUGCUAAUAUUGGGGAAAAUACUUACGAUAUUGUCCCAGUGAAAGAAGAUCCGGGUGAAGGCGGCUCUAAAGCAAAUAAAGGGAAGAGAUCAUUAAUGGCAACGCCCUUGAAACCGUUGGAUAAAACACCCGUGUACACAAAGUCCGGCCCAAACAAGAAAAAGACCAAAACAGAGCUCGAGGAUCACUACGAGCUGAUCAUGGAUGGAAAGACUUUCUACGUGUGCAUCGUCUGCAAGCGCCCCUACGUGUGUCUGACGAGUCUGCGCCGUCACUUCAACACUCACUCGUGGGAAAAGAAAUACCCGUGCCGCUACUGUAACAAGGUCUUUGCCCUGGCCGAGUACAGAACUAAACAUGAAAUCCACCACACAGGAGAGAGGAGAUACCAGUGCUUGAUGUGCAAUGAAACGUUCAUGAACUAUCAGUUACUGUCCACCCACUGCAAGCAAGUCCACAACCAGGAUCCCAGCGGGAGGAAAGAGAAAGACGAUGCAGACAACAACUUGUACCGCCUGUUGCCGUGUAAAACCGUGCAGAUGAAGCCGUAUUCAUGGACCACAGAUGGGCAGGGGGUCCCCGUCAUCUCUGAGGACGGCAGCGUGCAUCACAUAACCACCGUCGGCGAGGACGUCCACUCUUCCACUCAGAGCAGGAUGUUGAACUGGGACGACAUCUUUGUCGAGCCCGAGGCUCACAUCCCGUCUGAAGCCCAAGCCCAAACCCAACCAGGGACAACGGUGACCACUCCGACUCAGGGGGUGACAGAGUUUGACUUUGUAAUACCAGAGACCUACUGAGCGACACUCGCUGCUCCGUUACUUUUGUGCCUUUUAGGUGCCCCCCCUUUUUUUUUCCCUCUUUGGUUCCAUGUCAACAAUAUUGUUCUUCUAUAAAUGCUCGUUAGUGUCAGCUGAAGGUACGAUCACAUUAGCCUGUCUGUUCACUGAAGUCGCCCUUCACUCAGUUCUGGAAAAGGGUCCUGAUGUGAGAAAUGAAUAUUUAGAGGAGCGAGCGCAAACUGUAAAGUCUGUGAGAGCAAUAUUGUACUAAAAUGGCGAUGAAACAGACCAGUUUAAAGACUUUUGAAUCUACACAGUGCAACAGUGUUUCUGUUGACAAACGGUGCACUAAUGCAGGAAACGCACGCUUGAAUUUUUUCAGUGGAGAUGGAGCAAAUAUUCACAGGAUGGAAGUGUAAUGUGACCGCACCUUAACCCAUUGUACUCUACUUUUAUAAUAGCUGUGAUCUUCUGUUUCAUCAGAAAAUGAUAAUGACAUUAGUGACAAACAUAGAAGAGGUUCACACGCAGUAAAAUGAGGCGUUUAAAAAAAA